AUGAAGAAGGAGGUGGAGAAGUUUGUGCAAUGCUACAGAGUGUGCCAAGUAUCGAAAGGAGCGGCAACUAAUGCCGGAUUGUAUAUGCCACUGCCUAUUCCGGAGGGUCCAUGGACCAACGUGAGCAUGGACUUUGUAUUGGGUCUACCUCGAACCCAAAAAGGUAAUGAUUCCAUCUUUGUGGUUGUUCAUCGAUUUUCUAAGAUGGUUUAUUUUAUUGCAUGUAAAAAGACUGUCGAUGCUGUGAAUGUGGCACAAUUCUGUCUCACACCAAGCUGCAUUGUAGUAGUGCACAUCACCCACAGACGGACUGACAAAUAUAGGUUGGUCAUUGGGAGCGUUGCUGCGGAGUUUGGUAUGGAAGCAUCUCAAGGCAUGGGACUAGCAGUUGUACCAAGCCGAAUACAAGAAGGCCACAAGUUGAUUAUCAAGAAUCUCCAAGAGCCAACGGCAAAGUACAAGGCAAAUGCAGACAAGAAGCGACGUGUAGUAGAGUUUGAAGAGGGUGACUUUGUGUUGGCAAUCCUAACCAAGGAUAGUUUCCCUAUUGGAGAGUACAACAAGCUAGCGGCUCGAAAGAUUGGACAGUGGAAAUUGUGA